UGGCGCUAACACAAAGUCGAACAAGCCUAGUUUGUUGUGAUGACGCAGAGGCGGGAACUCUGACAGGAUUUCACAACCCAGCGAGCUUUAUUUAACCAUUAACCCACCGGCGGCGUUUAAGUUGGCUCAGAUACUUGAUACUUUACGGUGUCUCUUCAUCAAAUAGCUUAGUUACAGAAUGUCUAUCCAGGCCUUUUCUUACCCUGUACCUGAGACCAGAUUUUUUCAGGCUGGACAACAUGUCUACAAAUGUAAGAUAAGAAAAGGCGAGAGGAGCAGUAACUUUAUUCGUGAAGAAUGCAGUCUGGAUGAAGAGUUAGUCAAUGAGGAGCUUGAGGAUGCUGUGCGUGCAGUGCUUGCAAACCUGGAUGGGCUUCACCCUUUUACUACCCAGCACUUCAACAUUUUUCCCUAUAAGAGUAAAUGGGAACGAGUGUCCAAACUGAGAUUGAUGAAGGAAGGCGUGAAAUUGUCUGCAUACCCCUUCCUCAUCACACUGUACGUGGAGUGUCGUGAACCAGCUGGUCGUUCAGUGUUAAAUACCAGUGUCUGUAACCUACCGGAAAGAGAGACAAUUUUACUUUGUGCUGGUGACACACUGGUAAAAGACCAAACCACUGCAGCUCCACAUCCAGAAGAGGGCGUUAUGAGCCAGGGCAACCAGCAUAAACCAUCUUCAGAGAAUCUUCAGUUCCUUCAGCACGGAUAUGAAAACCCUCAAGCUGGAAUUCAAUAUGUCAAAUACAAGAGAACAAAUGGAUCUUUCUUUCCUUGUUUCUCUUUCAGGGAGUCCCAUUGCUUGGCCGAUGGUGCAGAAGGGAUGGUUUGUGGCAGUGAGAUUCAUGCUGAAUCAGAUGAUGUGGUCCCUAAAACUUCUGACCCAGAUUCAGUUACGGGACAGAACACCGGGAUCAUUACUAAGCUAGCAAGCUCCCUGUUUCCUUUUUCUAUGUUCUUCCGCAAGAGUUCUGCCAAAUAACAUUUCAAACCGUCAUUCCUUCACACUUGUAGGACUGUUUUUGUUGCAUAAAUUCUGUUUUAGUUUGAAAUGUCUGAAUUGCAGCUGUUUAUAACCUAUGUACUGUAUGUUUAGAUUUUGUUCAAAAUUUAGAAAUUGCUAUU